AUGGUGAUAUGGGGUGAGUUACAUGUGCAGUAAUAAUAAUAUAUUUCAAUGAACAGCUGAAUAUUAGCUGUGGGGAUGUUUUUUAAAUUCUUACAGUGAGCUCCAAAAGUAUUGGGACAGUGACAAAUGUUUUGUUGUUUUGGCUCUUUACUCCAGCACUUUGGAUUACAUUAAUGUGGAUGCUAUCAUGAUUAUGGAUAAUCCUGAAUGAAUUGUUAAUAUUGAUGAGUGAGAAAGUUACAGAGGCAUAAAUAUCAUACCCCCCAAAAAAAUGCUAACCUCACCUGUUACUGUAAUGGUGAGAGGUUAGCAUGUCUUGGGUGUAUGAUAUUUCUGCGUCUGUAACUUUCUCACUCAUCAUUAUUCAUGAUUCAUUCAGGAUUUUCUGUAAUCAUGGUAGCAUUCACAUUAAUGUAAAAGUGUUUAGAAACAUAUUCUAUUCUUAUUUACAAUAAAAGUGACUCCAAAAUGACACAAUACAUUGUUUAUCAUUCAUUUCUAUUGGGCACAAAAUAAUCUCAAACACAACCAAAACGAACAGCAAAUGCAUCCAUCCAACAAGUUUGUAGAGUCACACGUUUGAUGUAAUCAUUGUGUGCUAGGAAUAUGGGACCAAAUACUGAACUUUUGACUGCUUUAAUACACAUAUAAGUGAAUUUGUCCCUAUCCUUUUGGUCCCCUAAAAUGGAAGGACUAUGUACAAAAAGUAAUUUCUAAACGGUUCACCCGAUAUGGAUGAAAAUACACUCAAAUUUAAGAUGACGGUCUGCACUUUAACCUCAUAGUCAUUGUAUCAUCUCAAAUCCAAAGUGCUGGAGUACAGAGCCAAAACAACAACAAAUGUGUCACUGUCCCAAUACCUUUGGAGCUCACUGUAAGAAUCUUUAAAUUGUUUUGCUAAAACACAUCUGUAAAUUAAUGUUAUCUUUGCUUAUUUAUCUGGCUGUCAAGUUGUCAUUGAUGUAAUUGCUCUUCUUUUUCCAUUCUCAUCUAUGCUCAGGAACUCCACUGAGAAGCAGGAGUCGGAGCAGCUUGCUGUGAGGACAGCAGAGAAGCUCCUGAAGGAGUUAAAGCCCCACACGUCCAACUACGGAUCCUAGAGAACUACUGCUUUCUGGCCACCAAGCAGAAAGCCAACAUUGAGAAAGCCCUGAAUGUUUUCACAGAGAUUGCAAACAAUGAGGUAAGUCAACUCCAGAUGGUGUACAUGAGUGGGCAUACACACCCUUAGAGCAAUUCUAACCUCACUGGAUGCAUUAUCUCAAGCUUUCUCUUUGCUUUACACUUUAUUGAUGUUGACUUUGGAGGGUUUCUUAACAGCUUAUCUAUUGAGUAACUUUCCUUUUUUAUGGUAAGUAGUUUUUUCCAUGGUAAGAGAAGUUGUGUAAGAGUGCAGGAGAAAUUGCUGUUGCACAAAUUGAAUUAUCCUCAUUGCUGACAAAGAAACAUUCCAAUUUACAUUUUUGGAUACCCUUGUCUACUUAAUAGAAAUAAAAAGACAUGUUAGAUGUGAUAGACUGUAAAACAACACUUAACUAACCAGAGCUCCCUGUUUUAACUUAUAAGGACCAUGUGCCUGCACUGCUAGUCAUGGCGACGGCCUACAUGAUUCUCAAACAACUCGAGCCAGGAACCAGCUCAAACGCAUAG